AUGCGGUUCUCCCUCUCCGCCGCGCUGCUCGGCCUCGUCGGCCUCGUCGCCGCGUCUAAUGUCGUCGACCUCGACUCUAAGAACUUUGACUCUAUUGUCGGCAAGGACAAGGGCGCGCUUGUCGAGUUCUGGUGCGGACACUGCAAGACCCUUGCCCCCAUCUAUGAGAAGCUUGCCGACGCCUUCCCCGGCGGCAAGGUGAUCAUCGCCAAGACUGACGCCGACGGUGUCGGCCGCGACCUUGGCAGCAAGUAUGGCAUCCAGGGCUUCCCUACCCUCAAGUGGUUCCCCGCCGGCUCGCUCGAGCCCGAGGACUACAACUCUCCCCGCGACCUCGACUCGCUGGCCAAGUUUGUUACGGAAAAGUCGGGCGUCAAGUCCAACAUCAAGCCUCCCCCUCCCCCCGCCGCCAAGGAGCUCGACACGACCAACUUUGACGACGUUGUCAACGGCUCCAAGAAUGUCCUCGUCGCCUUCACUGCCCCCUGGUGCGGCCACUGCAAGAACAUGAAGCCCGCGUACGAGAAGGUUGCCAAGGCCUUCUCGACCGAGUCGGACUGUGUUGUCGCCCACGUCAACGCCGACGAGGCCGAGAACAAGCCCCUCGCUUCCCGCUUCGACGUCAAGAGCUUCCCCACCAUCAAGUUCUUCCCCAAGGGCAGCUCGGAACCCGUCGCCUACUCUGCCGGCCGCUCCGAGGAGGCCUUCACCGACUUCCUCAACGAGCACUGCGGCACCUUCCGCUCCCCCUCGGGCCUGUACAACGAGUUUGCCGGCAAGAUCUCCGAGCUCGACGACCUCGCCCACCAGUUCAUGGACGAGAUCCCCACCCGCGCCGAGAUUGUCAAGCGCACCAAGGAGGCCGUGACCGAGUUUGUCGCGACCGCCGACAACAAGGCCAAGGCCGGAGCCGAGUACUACCACAAGGCCAUGGAGCGCAUUGUUGAGAAGGGCGACGCCUGGCUCGAGAAGGAGAAGACCCGCCUUACCAACCUCCUCGCCAAGGACUCGCUCGCGUCGUCCAAGCUCGACGAGCUCAAGGUCAAGGUCAACAUUCUCUCCUCGUUUGUUGCCAAGCGUGUCGGCGAGCCCAUCUCUGACGAGGAGCCUGCCCACGACGAGCUCUAAGUGCAUGCAUCUCGUGCAUUUAGUCCAAAGCCAUAGCCAUAUCCGCAAUGCAUCACGUCGUUUACA